UAACAGGUAUGUGGAAUUGGGUUGAUGGCAGUUGGUAUCUAUGUCCAGCUUAAAGUUGGUGACCUGGCCGAGCUGCAAACUGUCAAGUUUCUUACUGGAUCCAUCCUGAUCAUAGCAGUUGGUGCUGUUAUUGCAGUAGUUUCAUUCUUUGGCUGCUGUGGGGCUGUGAAGGAAAACAGAUGCUUCCUAUGCUUGAUUGAGACAAAUCUAAAUAAAGAUCUGAAUAAAUCUUUGAUUGACUAUGGGAGGAAAGACCAUGAUGACAUUACUAAGGCCUAUGACACUCUUCAGCAACAGGAGAAAUGUUGUGGUAUCAAUAACUACAGAGAUUGGCAAAGAACUCCAUUCAGUAAUGGGAGUCAUUCUGUUGUGCCUGAUAGCUGCUGCCAGAAAAAGAAAGCAGGAUGUGGAAAGAACUUUCAAGAUAAAGACAUCUAUGGAGAAGGCUGCUAUGUUAAAGUGAAGAGUUUGUUGAAGGACAAUUUGAUGGUGAUUUUUGGAGUUGGUUUGGCCGUAGCCUUUAUUCAGGUCCUGGCAAUGAUCUUCUCAAUGGUGCUCAUCUGCAAGAUCAGCAAGCAGUCAGAAUAUGCCUAAGCAUCACUUAUAAACACUUAUCACCAGUCACAAGUUUAUCCAGUUUGUAUAUCACUCGCACAGCUAGCUUCGUUAAUUUCCAUAUCCCAGACAUUUUUAAAACAGGAAAUAACAGUUCUCUUUAGAGAGGCCGUUCAAUGUCCUUGGGAUAAUUUAAUGUGUGAUCAGAUGAAUAGAAUUAAUAAUAAUAACUCUUAAACCUUUUCAAUAUAAUGUUAAAAAGGUAUUUUGAAUAAUGGAUAAAGCUGUAGAAUUGURUUACACAAUAUAUAGUAUCAUAACAUUCAUUUUUUUAUGAGGAUAAAUAAUUUUAUCUUUAUUUUUAUUGCUCAUUGAAAAUUAAAGCUCAUCCCUGUCUGAAUACUGACCAKCUUUAGUACCAAGAAAACUCUCCUUCACAGCCCUUUGCCAUCAUGUUAGRUGAAAAGGUGAGUGUGCAGUGAUAGAAAACUUACAAUUACUCAAAGGUGUCUAUCAUUGUACGCUCACUGAUUGUCUUGUUUCGAUGCAAUGGCACAGUUACAUUUCAAGAUGGUGCAGGGAAAUGUGAGGGCUAUUCACGACUUUCAAAAAUGCCGGGAUGUGUCUCGGUCGUCGACCAGGGCACUGGGGAAGAAGCACUAAAACGAGGUCUCAAAGGCCAGCCUCCGUAUAGUGAGCUUCCAUGGUGUCUUGCAAGAGUGUUUUGUUAUACAUGUAAAUAACAUACCAAUACAUUUUCAAACUUUUGGACACUGCCUACAUACGAUCUCGUAGUGAUUUCUUGAUGGAAGGGCUUUGAGGUUUCGUUUCCAUGAUUUGUCACUAGUCCCCAAUAUAGGCGGACGUGAACUGGUGCCAUUUUUGAAAGYCGUGUAUAGAUUGAAAUAAACCAGUCAAUCAAAAGUAAUAGUGAGAGGUUUUUGCUAACUCGGCUAUUACCCAGGCAUAUCCAUCAUGCAAGCUAGAGGAGAACAAUUAUAAUUAAUUAUAUUGAUAUUAUAUUAAUUGUGAACAAAUAGAGUUUGAAUCUGUGUUCAGAGUUUGUUACAGCCAAUGCGUUAAAGUGGGKCUGCAGUGGCAAAACUUUCAUGCAUUGUGCUGCAAUAUCCAUUGGUUGUAAACAAUAAUUAUUUUGAACUAACCAUUCAUUCAUUAUUCAUACCAGGGAUGCAGUCUUAUGUGCUAAUAUAUAAUAUAACAUCUAGAAUUUUGAGCAUUUGUACUAUUUAAUAGAUACACUAAUUAUAAUAUGUAGUGCAGCCACUGUAUUGACUUACAUUAUAUAUCAUUAAUAUUG